AUGGAAGGGCCCGGGGCUGCUCCCCAGCAGUACCCAGGGCUGGUCCUGGGAGAGCUACCCAGGAUUGUGGCAAUAUUGACUGAAGAUAGGAAACCAGGUCCUAAUCCUUUUGGUUUUUCCUGGGAAUUGGUGAUAUGUGCAACUAUUGUUGUAUUUUUUGCUAUUCGUUUUUGUGUGUGGAGAAGUUUUCAAGCGGGUAGAAGCUGGCUUUAUGUGGUUAGAGAGGAAAAGCUUGCUACAGAGCUUUCUGGACUAAUUGAAGAAAAAUGUAAACUACUUGAAAAAUUUAGCCUUGUUCAAGAGUGUGAAGGCUUAGAGUCAUCUUUAAAGGAUGCCAGCUUGGAGAAAGAGUCAGCAGAAGCGCAAAGUUUGGAGGCAAUCUAUGAAAAGCUGAACAGGUCCAAAUGUAAACAUGAGGAUGAAAUACAUUGUCUAGAAAAAAAAUUAAAAGAAGAGAAAUCUAAACCUUCUGAACAAGAUGAAUUGAUGGCAGAUAUUUCAAAAAGAAUACAGUCUCUUGAAGAGGAAUCGAAAUCUCUCAAAUCACAAGUAGCUGAAGCCAAAACAACUUUCAAGAUAUUUCAAAUGAAUGAAGAACGGCUUAAGAUGGAGUUGAAUGAAAAUUCUCAACUUCAAGAAAGCCAGAAACAGCUUUUCCAAGAAGCUGAAUUAUGGAAAGAACAAGUGAGUGAACUUAAUAAACAAAAAGUAGCAUUUGAAGACUCCAAAGUACAUGCAGAACAAAUUCUAAAUGAUAAAGAAAAUCACUUCAAGUCUCUGAUUGAAAGACUGAGAAAGAUGGAAGAUUGGACGGCUGUGCUUGGAGAAGACCUAAUGGAUGAUGAUAACUUGGAGUUAGAAAUGAAGAGUGACCCAGAAAGUGGUGCUCACUUAGAUAAUGAGCCAAAAGGAGCUUUGAAGACACUGAUUCAUGCUGCUAAGUUAAAUGCUUCUUUGAAAACCCUGGAAGGAGAAAGAAACCAAAUUUACACUCAAUUAUUUGAAGUAGAUAAAACCAAGGAAGAACUUACAGAGCAUAUUAAACAUCUUCAGACUGAAGAAGCAUCUUUGCAGUCAGAAAAUGCACAAUUUGAAAGUGAGAAUCAGAAACUUCAACAGAAACUUAAAGUAAUGACAGAACUAUAUCAAGAAAAUGAAAUGAAACUCCACAGGAAGUUAACAGUAGAGGAAAAUUACCGGUUAGAGAAAGAAAAACUUUCCAAAGUAGAUGAAAAGAUCAGCCAUGCAGCUGAAGAGUUGGAGAUCUACAGAAAUCAAGCCAAAGAUCUUGAAGACAAACUAGAGCGAACCAUUCGUUCUUAUCAAGGGCAGCUUAUUUCCUAUGAGAAAAAAGCACAUGAUAAUUGGUUGGCAGCGCGGACUGCUGAAAGGAACCUCAAUGAUUUAAGGAAAGAAAAUGCUUACAACAGACAAAAAUUAACUGAAAUAGGGUUUAAAUUUGAACUUUUAGAAAACAAUCCUUAUGCACUUGAUGUUCCAAACACAGCAUUUGGCAGAGAGCAUUCCCCAUAUGGUCCCUCACCAUUGGGUCGGCCUUCGUCUGAAACAAGAGCUUUUCUCUCUCCUCCUACCUUGUUGGAGGGUUCACUCAGACUCUCACCUUUGCUUCCAGCGGGAGGAAGAAGAGGCUCAAGAGGCCCAGGGAAUCCUCUGGACCCUCAGAUUACCAGUGAGAGAGGAGAACCCAACUGUGAUAGGUUAAUAGAUCCUCAUAGGGCCCCGUCUGGCACUGGGUCCCUGUCAUCUCCAUGGGAGCAGGACCACAAGAUGAUGGUCCCCCCACCAGCCCAAACAUAUCCUGAUCCAGCUCUUCCUCCACAAUGGCAAGACAGAUUUUUUUCUAAUUCUGGUAGACUGUCCGGACCAGCAGAACUCCGAAGCUUUAAUAUGUCUUCUUUGGAUAAGAUGGAUGGACCAGUAUCUUCAGAAAUGGAAUCCAGUAGAAAUGAUACCAAAGAUGAUCAUGGUAAUUCAAAUGUGCCCAACUCAUCUCUCCUUGCUGAAAGUGAAGCAGCAGGCCCUGGCUUUGUUCCUUCACCUUUUCCUCCAAUGAGAGGACCAUCGUUUCCAGUGGAUACGAGGGGCCCGUUCAUGAGAAGAGGACCUCCUUUUCCUCCACCUCCUCCAGGAAGCAUGUAUGGGGCUCCCCGAGAUUAUUUUCCACCAAGGGACUUCCUUGGUCCACCACAUCCUGCAUUUGCAAUGAGAAGUGUCUAUCCACCGACGGCUUUUCCUCCUUAACUUCCCCCAAGAGCUGGUUUUUUCUCUCCACCUCUACCUUCUGAAAGUAAAAGUGAGUUCCCUGCAGGGUUGAUUCUGCUUUCAAACGAGCCUGCUACUGAACAUCCAGAACCACAACAAGAAACCUGACAAUGUUUUUGCUCUCUUCAAAAGUAAUUUUAACUUAUCUCUCAUUUUCAGUUUAAGUAACUGCUGUUACUUAAGUGAUUAUACUUUUGCUGAAAUUGAAGUUUAAUGAAAUUAUAAUUCUCAGGAUAGUAUUUUGUAAAUAAAGAUGAUUUAAAUAUGAA